ACACAUGCUCUACGCAAGCAUGGAGGAAGCCACGAGUGACAAGAUAUUCUGCUGCAGAUGGAUGCGUCGCAAGCUCCCCAAGGCCCUCAGGGAGGAGGUGUACCACCUUUUGAGGAUGAUGGGGCCCCUGUUGGUGGCUCGAAUCCUCAGUUAUUUGCUUCCGUUUGUGGUGACCAUGUUUUGCGGACACCUGACGAAUGAAGUGAUGGCUGGCUACGGAUUAGCAUCUGCUACCAUCAAUAUCACCACUGCAGCAACAGGCCUGGGUUUGGGCUUUGCGCUCGAUACUUUGGUCGCUCAGACCUUUGGCAGUAGGAACCUGCUGCGCGUGGGCGUGAUCCUGCAGCGAGGCAUCAUCAUCAUGCUGUUGUUCUGUCUGCCCUGCUGGGGUCUGCUCCUCAAUGCACAGAGUCUUCUGUUGCUUAUGGGCCAAGACCCCGAGGUCACCCGGAUUGCGCAGUUGUAUAUCACGGCAUACCUCCCAGCAAUACCAGCAAUGUUUCUAUAUAACCUGCAGUUCUCCUAUCUUCAAAAUCAGGGGAUAAUACUACCCCAGGUGUACGCUGCCGUCCUGGCAAAUGUGGCAAACUUGCUGACUAACUACAUCUUCAUCAGCGUGCUUGAUUUUGGAGUGUAUGGAUCUGCAGCAGCAAGCACCCUGACAGAAAUCUACCUUUGUGUUUUCCAGUUUGCUUACAUUUGGUGGAAGAAGCUGCAUAAAACGACAUGGGGAGGAUGGUCUGUGGAGUCGUUGCAGGAAUGGGGCUCCUUCAUGAAACUGGCCAUCCCCAGCACACUCAUGACGUGUUUUGAAUGGUGGAUUUAUGACUUGGGGGGCUUGUUUGCUGGGAUGCUUGGUAAAGAUGAGUUGGCCGCCCAUCACGCCUUGAUAACAGUGGGAAACCUCAACUACAUGGUGACACUUGGCAUCCAAGCGGCGGCGUGUGCUCGAGUGGGCAAUGCUCUCGGCGCUGGGGACACGGCAGGAGCGAUUCUCACAUGCAAAGUGGCACUGACGCUUUCAGUUGCAUUUGCCGUUGUUCAAGCCACCGUGGUCGGAGCGACAAAAUCCGUCAUCGGCUUCCUCUUCACCUCUGACCCGAAGAUCAUCAGUCUGCUGUCUCGCUUGAUGAGCAUUUACUGCGUCCUACAGUUAUUUGAAGCCAUUGUGGGCGUGUCCGGAGGGAUCUUUAUGGGAUCUGGGAAACAAAAGAUACCCGCGGUGGCUAACUUCAUCGGCUACUACUGCAUCGGCCUCUCCAUCGGUGUCGUGCUGAUGUUUGUCUCCCAACUAAGCAUUUUCGGUUUUUGGCUGGGUCACCUCAUUUCUGUGGUUCUCCAAGCCAUCUUCUAUAUUGUGGUCAUAUUCAAACUCAAUUGGAAGAGCAUCACAGAGGAGGCACUGAAACGAGCCCAGGCUAAGCCAGAUGUGCCAUUACUGAACACAAGUGCUGCGGCUUGUAACCAAAACGAAGAGCAGACACAAGUACAGCACACUUCAAUGGAAGGCUUCACGCACGUAUGCGACGAAUGUCCCGAUGUCGAUUCAAAGAGUCCGCCCGGCAACAAGGAAGACGCCGGACAUCUCUCUGUUUCCCAGCUGGUUCUCCGGCGAGGCAUCACCAUGGUUACUGCACUGGGCCUCCUGGCAGUGGGCACUUGCGUGCAUUUCCUGGUCCCGCCGCCCGAGAGCUCAAUGCUGCUCCACGCCAACCUCACGUUCAAUAAUGCCACAAACAGUCCCCUGCAAACUGUUACAAUGCUGGACUGGUGAAGACAAGAUGAAACUUCACGAAACCACAUUGUCAAGGUCAUCCAGAAGAUAAGACUGA